AUGGAGGUACACGCGACUUUUCAUUGCUUGGCUGGGGCAUCACCUCUCGGACGCACAUCGAUGACACAAGAAUUCGACGGACAGUUGGCUGCGUUGGAGCUGGCUUGCGCGAAAGCUACUUUUCCAUUGGACAGUGAGAAACCGAGAAAUUAUUCGUCAAAGAUGUCAAGCUGGUAUGGACAAACGGCUCCAAAUACAUCCUAUACCACUUACGAUCAAAUCACUGACGAACCACUGACGAUCAAAUCCAACUGA